AAAUAAGCUCCACCUUCCUCCUUCGGCUCUUCCGGAUAAGGCCAUAACAGCACGCUUUAUUUAUUGUGGACUCUAUUUUUAUUUAUUUCGGGCUAACUAUGGGCCGUAUUUUAUAAUAGUGACACUAUACCGCGCACAGUUGUCAGAUUAAUUUAGCUCGAAGUCUUUCUUUGAACGAACUUAACAGCAGGAUCUAGUCAUGGAGGAGAUGGAGGCACCAGAGGAGCUACUGGCAAAGCAGCACCGCAAGGAGAAGAAGGACCUGCAGGCUAAAAUCCAGAGCAUGAAAAAUGCAGUCCCCAAAAAUGACAAGAAAAGAAGGAAACAGCUGACAGAGGAGAUCGCCAAGCUGGAGGCUGACCUCAGUCAGAAACACGAAGAGGAAUUAAAGCAGGCGAAAUCUACAACAGACACAAAGGUGGCAGAGGUGAUAAAUGGAGUGGAGAAUGUUAAGGUGGAAGACUGUGAGGAAGACGAGGUCAAACAUCCACGAGUAACCAAGGCCCAGAAGAGAAGGGACAAGAAGGCUGCCCAGGAGAAGGAGAGAGAGAGCAGGAUAGCAGAAGCCGAGGUACAGAACUUGCAGGGUGUGAGGCACCAGGAAAGUUUGAAGCUGGCUCAGAAACUCGCACAGCAAAAGCUUCAGAUCAAGGAGAUCUCCUCUGACGGCCACUGCAUGUACCGUGCCAUUGAAGAUCAGCUGGCACAGCGAUCAAAGCCCGUGUUAACCAUGAGUGUGAAGGAACUCCGGUCCCGCACUGCUGAGCACAUGAGAAGUCAUGCUGAUGACUUCCUGCCUUUCCUCACCAAUCCAAGCACUGGAGACAUGUACACAAGAGAUGAGUUUGAGAAAUACUGCAAUGAUGUGGAGCACACAGCAGCUUGGGGUGGACAACUGGAACUACAAGCUUUGACCAAAGUUCUUCAUUUGCCAAUAGAGGUGAUCCAGGCUGACUCCCCAAACAUAAAAAUUGGGGAGGAUUAUGAUGGUGAACCCAUCACUCUAGUCUACAUGCGCCAUGCCUAUGGUCUAGGAGAGCACUACAACACUGUGGAGCGGCUAAAGGACCCAGCCAAUGUGGAGGACAGCUGAGACACAACAACACAAACCAGUGUGUUUAAUGCAGAGAGUAUUUAAACCUCUAACACAAUGGACCCUUAAGGGUGACCCCCAUAUCUGAGACACUGUUAAGCUAAGUUUAACAGAGGAUGUUGCUGUUUUCAGAAUGGGUCAAAUGCAGAGUGCUACUUUUCUGAAUGAGCGACAGAGUGACGUCCAAUAGAAUUCCUCACUUCUGAAAACAGCAUCAUUGAGCUAAUGAAAAAGACAGGAAACUGAUGUGUUAAUGAUUUUACAUUAGACACCCUUGGGCUGUCCUGGUGACCUCCACGGCACCUCUGUAGCCCAUUUUAGGACAUUUGUGUGUAAUAUAUACUUUUUAAACGACUACACUUGGGCAGGAAACGACAUGCCAGACGACCUGACAUGUCAGCAGUGUCACUGAGUGGUUGUUAAACGUUCGCAGUGUUCUUGGAAUAAAUUGAGCUGCAUUAUAAAUCAUAUCAAUGUUACAUAAAUGAAUUAAAUAUUAA